AAUUGUUAUUACCUUGACAAUGAUCUGACUAAAGCUAUUCUUAUUUACUGCAUCGAUAUUUCAAUCUCGACUAAAUUUGUUACAGAAAGACACUAUGGAACGAUUUUCAACGGUAGUUAUCCUGGCACUGUUGUUAUUUGCAACCUGGCAGAUAAUACACAGGCGGAAGUAUCAUGUCGUGAAUGGACAACUCCUAUUCGUUAUCAAAAAAAAGGGAACAACAUUAUUGUGAAUUUUAAAGAAGGACCUUCAAAGUGUGAUAUAAAAAGAUAUAAAGUAUCAAUUUUUCAUAUGAAUUUACCCCAUUUAAAAGCGGUGGCUUCCGAGAUAACCCCAAAUGUAACCCAGGAAUUUCUUGGAAUAUGUGAUGGAAACUACUACAUAACUGUUGAAAUAUUUGAUGAAUUUUGGAAUGAUAGUAAGAAAUGUAUAUGUAAAUUAUAUGAAUAUUGUAACACAUGUAAUCGGUCAAAGACCAAUAAUUUUACAGUGAUUGGUACACCAUGUACAACCCCAUCACCAAAGCACAACAAUGAAACAUCAACAAAACACAAAGAGAACUCUUCUAAAUUAACCAUAUCCCUUGCUAUUAUUGGUGCUAUGAUCAUUCUUCUGCUUCUUGCUCUCAGUUUUUACUGUUUCAAGCGAACACUCCAAGAGAAAAGAGGGCUGUUAUUUUAUACAGAGGACCAUACUUACCACUGUGAAGCCAUUGAUAAGUUUAUAUCUUUCAUGAAUAAGAGUAAAUGUAAACUAGAAGUUGCUGCUCGGCUAGUGAAAGGUGGUGAUCCAUUAAGACUGAGUUUAGAAAUUCAAAAGUCUGAUUUUAUAAUUCUUGUUUACUCCAAAGCUCUUCACAAAAGAAUUCAGGCAUGGAAAAGCAACCAAGAUUACAUAAAUUUUUAAAAUUUUUUGACAGUUUCCCUUCUUAGAGAACUUAAUGCAAGCAACAAACUUAUCAUUUGUAAGUUUCCUCAGGUACCAAUCUCCAGUAUCAGCAGUGAAUUACCUUCAAUCAAGUGUUACACUCUUACAAAAGAGUUGAACUCACUUAUUAAAAAAAUCCAUCGAUCAAGAGUGCAUCAAGAGCUUGCUAUUCGUGUCAAGAGUAACAAGCUCAAUCAUAAAUUUAACUCUUUGACAAACACAAUUAAGAAUGCUGCCACAUUUGAAGAAAAUAAUUCCAAUUGGUUUGAAGACAAAUAUAUUUGCCCUAAGAAAAUGGAAUCUUUAAAUGAAAUGCCUGAUUACAGUG